AUAUAUUUGUUUAUAACAUGUACAUUAUUUAGGCACAUGUGAAUGUUAUGCUGGAUUUGGCGGUGAUGUUUGCUCUAUUGAUUUCAAAAAGCCGCCAUCUACUUCAAGUUUACUUCACGAAAGUACCUGCGAUGAGAAAGAAGCAAAAUGCAUGCAUGUGUUUAUCUACGGAGGAUUUUUUGCAAGCGAAACUGUGACCUGUCACAUUACCACGUUUGAGAUUCAUGGCAAUAAGGAAGGUCGACUAAAUAUGGAUGCAUACGUCAUACGAGGGCAAGCACAGUCGCUAAUUGAGGUUAUUUGUUCUCUAGUGUCACCUAUCAGAAGAAAACGGUCUCUUCCUGACACCCAAGAAGUAAAGUUGAUGUCUUGCUACAGGGUUUCAGUGAGCAAUGAUGGCAUACAUCAUGGGAAACCACUAGAUAUGUGUGUUUACAAUUCAGAAUGUCAAACUUUGUCAAACAGCAGUAGCGGGAUGCUAACAGUCAACAUAAAGGAAGGAUAUUGCUUUAUUGAUGGACUUUGAAUACCUAAUCGAAAACAAAAGCCAUCGUCAGAUAUGUACUGUCUACCGGAAAUUUCGCGUUAUAGUUGGUCAG